ACCUCUGUGUCUGCUGGAUUUUAUUCCAGUUUAAACAGUUGCAGAUUUUAAGUUAGCUGUAACAUUUUGUAAGAACUUAAACCAUGCAAGUGGGAGCUGAACUCUGCAAAGAGCUGAAAACAAUUAAAAACGUCUAAUAAAGCAAAUUCUCAGUUCAAUUAAAGGUCUGGUAAAGUGAUUGAGAGCUCAUUUGGAAUGAAAGCCAGCAGGCACGGGGGUCCCAGAGAAACAAAACUGAGAAGCACUGCAUAGUGGAUGUGAGCAGAUGCUACAUUACAAAAAACUAACGGCAGGCAAUGGAAUCCCAUCUACAGUGGGCAGGUCUGGGAUCUGCAGCUCUUAUUUACUGAAGGUUUAACUGGAGGCCAGUAUCCAGUACUGUUUGAAGGUGUGACAUUUUUGCCGAACAGCGUCCUGGGCUCAAGCUCACCAAUCAGGCGCUCGAUUCCCUUUCGCAGCCUUGCUUUACAUGAUGUUAGAACCCCAUCACCUACAGAGAUGACUGAAAAGGGAUCCUCUGAAGAACACAAAGUAAGUUCUGUGGAUGUACAGGUUCCGGUUUUGAAAAGCAGCCCUGAAGAAGAUGGGACCCAGGCUGACUAUGUAGAUGAGCAAUAUAUAAAGAGCGGCUCAGUAAAUGAUGACUGUGGCGAUGUUAAGCAAGUUCUAGCUGCCAAAGUGAUACAGAGGACAUGGAGAAGGCACAUUGACACCCGUGUGUUUCAAUACUUCAAGGACUUGAUUAACUUCAGACAGAAAGGGGAUCCUCGCUUGCUUCUUAAAUAUAUCAUUCCUAAAGAAGCUGAAUUAUUAGAUUCUGCAGCAGGAAUCCAUAUAAGAUUUAGGCUGUGCGGAAUCAAAUUUCCUCCAAGUAUCUAUUACAAGAUAUUCACCCAUCGGCCCAUUGUGGAUAUGUGUGCAAACAGCCCCAAAGACUACACUAAUGUUGCUUUAAAACAGUCUGUGCCCAAACAAAUCCAUAAUCGAUGGAAAGCUGCAGAAGAUGAUCAAGCCGGCUGGUAUAAACGGAUAGAAAACAAUGGCUGGAGGCUUCUCUCUGACAAGAUUAGCUCAGUGAUGGGCACAAGUGAAUCCGACACAAAAGCAAUCGAAUUUCAUUACUCUAAAAUCAAGAGGCGCCAGGAGGUAGAAAGAAGGCGUAAACAGAAAAAAAUUGAAUGGAUGAAAAAGAUGUAUCACCAAGGUCUCCUACAGGCACGUACCGACGACCCAGACACAGCUGUUCUGGUGAAGAGAGCAACAGAAGGAAUGAUUGCUGCAGUGGACCAGAACGGGGCCCACUCAGUGGUGGAGUGGGAAGUGGAUGAACUGCUGGAGUGGACUAAUUCACUCAACUUUGAAAAGUACAUGAAUAAAUGGAAGGAAAUGGGAAUCAGUAACUCGUCAGACUCAUACAAAGGUUCAAGAUUUAUUUUCUCUGCAUACGACCAGUAUGAGUUCACAAAACUCUCGGAGGUGGACAGCUAGGCAACAGAGAGGCAGUACUGCCAUGAAUCUUCAUACACACAAGCAGUGCAAACUUUACAACUCAGCCUUUACAUAAUAAAGUGAGCAAUGCACAAUAGUAUUUCUAUAUUUUAGUUUCAUAUUGUUGCACCGUGUGUUCCAUUAUUAUGCACACUGUUUAAAAAAAUUGUUGACUCAUAACAUUACUGACAAUAAAGCCAAAACAACUGGACAAUUCCUACAAAACAGUACAUCAAAAGCUAAUUAAGGUAUCACGAACAACCGAAAAAAAGACCAUGUGUUUGUUUGUGUGUCAUUUGUUUGUUGUGUGUGACAUGAAAAUGUUUUGGAAAGUCAAAUAUAGUUAAAAACUCAAACUCCUGGAGGGUCUAGACUGCAGACUGAUAAGAUAAUUGUUUCUUUUUGUUUGUUUGAAGAGAACAUUUCUCCUAUGAAUAAGUUUAAAGAGUAAGUAGCGGUGUUCCAAAAAAUAUAGCGUUAUCCGCCCCCACAUGCAGCUACAACUG